AUGACGGAGGUGGCAAAACUGCCGCUGAACUGCGAGCGUCUCGAGGUUCUGGACGAGUCAACGAUGGCAGCCUGCGGCCGACAGGUCGUGUACUUCUGCCCACUGCCGGGAUCCACGCUGUCAUCCGCCUCCUCUUCGGUUGUGGAGGUUUCUUUGGCAAAAAGUACCGUGUGCCUUGCGCCGUGGCAUCCUCCCGGGGCGGCGCUGCAGGAGUGCGGCGUCUUUUACGCUGAAGUGGGCCGCAUUCACUUCCGUCGCCGCUGCUACUGCGGCAACGAAAGUGUGCAGGAGUCGCGGGACGUGUUGGAGCCCCCACCGCCAGCCUCCAGCGGAAUUGAGGAGAUGCGGGUGCUUUUUGGCACAACGCUGGUGGUGCGCACCGCCGAAUCGGUUGCCUGCUACGCGCUUGACCCCACCCGUGGGGCUGAGGUGACACGACUGCCGUUGGUUGGCCGCGUAACGCUGCCUCACCCAGGCCUUACCGGGGACUCGACGGAGGUGCUCAUGAUGGACGGAUCCCCUGCUGGCGCCGUUGCCGGCGAUGUUGAUCACGCGCUCGGGGUUGUGAUGUACUGCAGGACGACGCGGCGUGUGAGCGCUCUUCUUCUCGCGGUGGGGCCGGCAUGCGUGACAAUGCAAAGCGAGACACGAAGCGGCGGUCUGGCUUUGCCGUUUGAGUCGAAUGCAUCGUUGAGGUCGUGGUCGUUCAAUUGGUCCAGGCGCGAAGUGUUGUUUGUGUUUGCCGACGCUACAAGCAGCAGCAGCAGCAGCGACGACACCACGAAGUUGUUGACGAGGACUUUGUCCCUGGCCACAAUGGAGUGGACGGUGUCCUCUACAGACUUGACGCAGCUGCCCUUCGUCCCUGCGGAUGUGGGACACACGCACACGGGUGACACAUGGGCGGUGGACAAUUCCUUUGACGGGGUUGUGAAGUUCUCGAAGCUCCUCUCCGGAUCUGUGAUGCGAGAGGUGGUGCUGCAGCGUGCCGCAGGGAGUGAUGCAAUAUUCUUGACUGCAUGGGGAUCCAGUCUAUAUGUGCUGAUGGGUAGGCGUGUCUUGGAAGUGCGGGAAGAUGAUGACAGGGACGGAGCGGCAACAAAGACGACAUUGUGUGACUGGCUGAUGCAGCAGGUUGCGAGGGAGCCACGUGACGUGCCGCACGUGCCAACGCCGAAGAGGAAGAGAAAAGAAGGCAAUGAUAUAGAGAAAGAGGUUGAUGCCAUAGUCGCCUUUUUAAGGAACCCCGCGUGCAGUUCUUUCGCCAUGAUUGUUCGCGACUGCCGCUAUGUUUCAUGCACAAUGGACGCUGCGGAGGAAUACUCUCACGCC